UGUCAUUGUGGCAUUACUGUUGUGUCCUCCAUACAAAGCCGCGGUGUAAUAUUACUCAAGGAAAAUGGCCAAACUAUGGCUACUGAGCACUGGGCUAGUUUGUCUGGCAUGGAUCAUAAAUGAGAACAUAUCACCGAAGAAACCACCUUUUGUUAACUGGGAUGCCUCCCUCUACUUCACACAUGACUCUGAGGAGGGCCUCUGGUUGCUACCCAAUGUGUCACUUGGCUACCCAGAACCGGGUACCCUUUACCCUUCUAACAUUCUCCUGCCGACGACAAAGGAAGAGAUAGUUCAUAUGGUCAAGUCGGCACUGGUGCCCACGUCCAAUGACGUGAGAGCUAUUGAUCGUCGUCACAAGAUCAAGGUGAUAGGCUCCGGGCAUUCGUGGUCGAGGGUGGCAGUAUCAGAUGACCUACAGAUGUCACUGAAUAAUUAUAAGGGGUUGGUCAGUAUCAAUCGCGAGUUGCACCAGGUGACAGUGAGAGGGGGCACAACCUUCAAUGAGCUCAACCGUAUCCUUGACGAUAACGGACUGGCCAUGAGCGUACUGGGAUCAAUCUCUGAGCAGACUGUUGCCGGGGCCAUCUCUACAGGUACUCAUGGUACCGGGAUUACAUUUGGAAAUUAUGCUUCCAUGGUAACACGGCUUGAGUUGGUGACCGGGAAGGGGGAUAUCCUCUUUUUAAGUGCUAAUGAGAAUCCGGAGAUCUUCAAGGCAGCUGGAGUGAGUAUCGGACUGCUGGGGGUCAUUAGCGAAGUGACCUUCCAGUGUGAGCCAGCCUUCAACCUCAGAGAGGUGCUCUACAACAUGAAACUGAGCGACUGUCUGAAAGAAAUGGCUGACACUGCACAAAGGUCUGAACAUGUCAAAUGGUGGGUGGAGAUUCACUCCGAUGUUUGUGCCGUGUUCGAGAUCAACAGAACGACAGAGGCCCCGAGGGAUAAUCCAAAUCACCAAGUGGAGACCAUCCUGAACUAUGGCUUUGAGAACAUUUGCAACAUUGUUUCCUGGAUACCAAGCUCCACCCAUGCCAUGUUUAAGCUCAUGUUUACGUAUCUUGUGCCCACUCCCCCUCACGAUCGGGUGGACAAGAGUUAUCUCGUCUUCAAUAUUCCACACUAUUUCCCCAUCCAUUAUGAGGGAGAAAUAGUCGUCAGUGUCGAGGACUGCCCGGCAACCGUCAUGGAGGUACACAGACUGGUGCACGAGGAAGGACUGCUUCUUAACUACGUUGUGGAGGUACGAGUGGUGAAGGGUGAUGACAUGUGGCUGAGCCCUAACUACCAGAGAGACAGCUGCCACCUCACAAUGUGUAUCUACAACCCCACCAUUAAGAGAAGAUUGAACUACUACAAAAAACUAUACGAGGCUGUAGCCAAAUUCAAUCCAAGAUUUCAUUGGGGGAAGUACUUCGAUCUGACACCAGCAGACAUGGAAAAAAUGUACCCAAGAUUCAAGGACUUUCUGAAGAUACGAUCUCAAUUAGACCCAAGUGGACUGUUUCUCAAUGAACAGUUAGCAGGCACAUUCGGACUCAAGCAUUUGUUGUAGCUACAUGUACGUAUACGUACACGUAGAACAAUGCAUGUGCAUCACGACUCUAGAUCUACUCUCAUCUAUAGACUGUUCACACCAUUAUCACCUGCACGUGCAAUCAGUACAAUUAUUAUGAGGUGUGACUAA